CUGACACACUUUGGCCUGGACCAAUCACAGUUCAGCUAGGUCCCCUCAGAUGUGGGUGCAGGCUACGCAGGCUGGGGUCUACCAGAAGUCUUUCUCGGGACAGAGAACUGUGGGUGGUUCAGUUGAACAGUAGGCUAUCUGAGAGAACUUUGGGUGGUUCAGUUGAACAGUAGGCUAUCUGAGAGAACUUUGGGUGGUUCAGUUGAACAGUAGGCUAUCUGAGAGAACUUUGGGUGGUUCAGUUGAACAGUAGGCUAUCUGAGAGAACUUUGGGUGGUUCAGUUGAACAGUAGGCUGUCUGAGAGAACUUUGGGUGGUUCAGUUGAACAGUAGGCUGUCUGAGAGAACUUUGGGUGGUUCAGUUGAACAGUAGGCUGUCUGAGAGAACUUUUUGCUUUCUAGUAUUUUAUGGGGAGUCUCUCUCAGUUCUCUGUGUCACUGUGCCUGAGCUCUGAGCUUAGGGCUGUAAGAGACAGUACCUUUGGGCUGUGCAGGCAGUGUCUAACUGUGGGCUAUAAGGGGUUGUAAAGGUUUUGCCUUGCUGUGGGCUGGAUGGCUGAGCUGGUGAGAGUGAGGAAGAAACAUCUCCAGACACCUAUCUCCAGGCUGAGGUGUAUGGUCAAGCAAUUGGAAGAGAAAGAUGUGGACUUCGAAGAUCUGAAGAAGAACUUGGACUACACAGCAUCCUUACUGGAAGCUGUUUACAUUGAUGGGACCAGACAGGGUCUGGACACAGAGGACGACCUCCAGAAGCUGCACUCUGAUGGCGUGCCCACGGAGGUCACUGAUUGGCUGGCUUCAACCUUCACUCAGAGGGCCCGCCACCCCGCCCGCCGCUCUGACGACAAACCAAAGUUCCGCAGCAUCGUCCAUGCAGUGCAGGCUGGGAUCUUUGUCGAGAGGAUGUUCAGAAGGGCCUACACUGCUGCCAUGCCUGACCAACCUGCAGCAGUAGUUAACUGUCUCAGGGACAUUGACCGGUGGAACUUUGAUGUGUUUGCCCUGAACACAGCCAGUGAUGACCACGCACUACAGACCCUGGUCUUCGAGCUGGUGACACGAUACGAACUCAACAGCAGAUUCAAGAUCCCAAUCUCCUGUCUGAUGUCCUUCUUGGAGAAGCUGGAGAAAGGCUACAGUAAACACAGCAACCCCUACCACAGCAGUGUCCACGCAGCCGACGUCACACAAACCCUACACUGUCUGCUCUUACGUACAGGACUAGUGCACUGGUUGACUGAACUGGAGGUCCUGGCGUCCCUGUUUGCUGCGGCCAUCCAUGACUACGAACACACUGGAACUACAAACGACUUCCACAUUCACACAAAGUCAGACUUUGCUAUGAUCUACAACGACCGGUCAGUCCAGGAAAGCCACCACAUCAGUGCUGCGUUCCAUCUUCUACAGGACGACCAAUCCAACAUCUUCAUGAACCUCUCCAGAGAACAGUGGAUGGAGCUGCGAGCGCUGGUGAUAGAGAUGGUGUUGGCUACAGACAUGUCGUCUCACCUUGUCCAGGUCAAAGCCAUGAAGGGGUGUCUGCAGCAGCACGAAGGCAUAGACAAACCAAAAGCGCUGUCCCUACUACUGCACACUGCAGACAUCAGCCACCCCUCUAAGCCCUGGAGUCUACACUCUCGCUGGACCAAAGCCCUCAUGGACGAGUUCUUCAGACAGGGUGACAGAGAGGCAGAGCUUGGUCUUCCCUUCUCUCCACUGUGUGAUCGGAACAGCACCCUGGUCGCAGAGUCACAAAUAGGUUUCAUAGACUUCAUAGUAGACCCUACGUUCUCCCUACUGACUGACGUGGCUGAGAAGAUAGUCAUUCCCCUGGUGGAAGACAACCCAGGCCCACCGGACCCCUGCAAUCGACAUAGUAAUCUGUGGAAGGAGAGUUCCAGAGGACUACAGUGGAGCUUGUCUCACAUCACCUCAGAACUCGUCAGCUUCAGAUCCACCUGGACACGACACACAGAAGACAACAAGUUCAAAUGGAAGGAGAGCGGCUCCAAUGGGCUCUUGGAUCAGAUCGUGUCAAAGGAGCCGUUGGCUGGUGAAGACGAUGAGCUCUCUGAACAACUGCUGCAGACCCCUUCUAAUGAUGCUAAACAGUAGAUAGGCCUCUCAUGUAGUAUGAUGCCUAUGUAAACGAUAUGUAAACGAAGGGUUGGGGAGAACUGUUUACAUGUAAUCUGAUAAUAAUACAAACAUGUAAAUGUAAUCAGCUACUUUACCAGCUAAAAUAUUGCAAAUGGAUUCCAAAUACUUUUGAAAAACUAGAUGAUUACUUCUUCAAUUACUUUAAAAUUCAGAAAGGAUGUUUGGGAAAGAAUACAGUAUGCCACCUUUCUGUUUCUCAAUGACAUUCAAUUCAGCACUGAAAAAAGGUGCCAGUUUAUGUUUGUUCCACCUGGUUUGAUGGAUCCUUUCCAUCUUCUUCUGAUGUCUCUUAAGGAGAAAGUAAUCAGUUGACAUUACAGAGUGGAGGGGAAAGUAAUCCAAAAGUAACUGAAAGUAAUCAGAUUAUGUUACUGAGUUAAGGGGAUAGUAAGCCAAAAGUAACUGAAACUGAGUUUGAGUAUCCAAAAGUUAAGUUACUGAUUACAAUUUUGGACAGGUAACUAGUAACUGUACCUGAUUACAUUUAGAAAGUAAUCUAUCCAACCCUGUGUAAAUUAUAGUAAUUUAAUGAAGAUUACCAAAACAUGCUGGUCAUGUUAUAUGCUAAUUACCAUACAUGAUUUUACGGUGGUUUGCUUGCAAUUUGUUAACCAGUUAGGAAAACUUUCAUGGAGAAACUUAGCAAAGAUCAUGUAUCAUGGGUAACAUGGGUAGCAUGUAUGUUACAUGGAAUAGACGGGUAAUGUCAAAGGUACCAGCAGUGAAAGGCUGGCCUUAUCAUGUGGAAGAUGUACGAUGUAAUCAUGUGACUGUUGUUGUUGAUGUAAAGUACAACAAGACAAAGAGUUUUCUACUUCUUUAUAUUCUACCUGUACCACUGAGGAGAUGCUGAUGUGCUUUAUAUUCUACCCUUACCAUGGAGGAGAUGUUGAUGUGCUUUAUAUUCUACCCUUACCACAGAGGAGAUGUUGAUGUGCUUUACAUUCUACCCAUACCACUGAGGAGAUGUUGAAGAGUGAUUCUUUAUCUAAUUCUUCAUCUGUUUUCUUUGAAUCCAAAGAAUUGGAAUCGUGAACUAUACUGAACAUACAGGAUAUCAGUAGCCAUUGUCCCAGAUCAUUAGCCAACUCUUCUGACUAUCAGCCAGGAACAUAGCUUGGAGACCCAUCUAUAGCCAAACUAGCAUUUCUUCUCCACGAUGAGUCUUGAUUUGCUUGCCUCCCUUAAGUUUUGUAGAAUGCGGACACAUUCUGAUCAUUCUGAUUGGUUCCAGAAACCGGUGGGCUGGGCCAGAGCCGGCCUACAUGAUGACCGUAUCAACUAUGAUACUCUGAUUGGUUAGAUUGAUUAGAGACAAUCCAAUCACUGAUUUAAUUGUUUUGUACAACGCUCAUUUUCACAGCAGCACAAAUGACUUCUGGGAUGGCAGUUUCAGAUUUCAGGAUGGCACAGUCAUAGAGCAGAAUAAUUCACUUCAGUAUGACGCGUCAGGCAACCCAGAACUGCCAUAUUGUACAAGUCUUAUAUCUUUAAUGUUGUGAUUCUGAGGCCGUCCUACUAUGGACACAGCACAUCAAAGGCAUGACAGACAGUAAUAGUCAGAAGAGUUGAAUGAAGCACUGCAGAUCUGGGACCAGGCUGAGAUAUCAGUCCAAUCCUUCAGCAGAGUCCUGUUCACUGGUCCUCCAGUAGGAGGAGCCAAAACUGUGGGGAGGAAGAUUGAACCAGGCUACAGUGGUAUUAUGAAAUGCAUUGGGUGAAAACUGGUCACGUUGUGAAAUAUUUAUGUGUUUUAUGCUCGCAGCAUCACGUCUAUUGAAUAAUUGAUAACAGGGUUUUGUUAUAAGUCAACCUUACUUACUCAACAUUAUAGGUCAGUGAUGCAACACUAAAGUCAGAGCCGCAUUGUUGGCCUACUAUGGGUAGUUCUUGGCAUGAAUUAAAAUGGAUUAUAAAUUGGGUGGUUCGAGCCCUGAAUGCUGAUUGGCUGACAGCCGUGGUUUAUCAGACCGUAUACCACAGGUAUGACAAAACAUGUAUUUUUACUGCUGUACUUACGUUGGUAACCUGUUUAUAAUAGGAAUAAGGCACCACUGGGGUUUGUGAUAUAUGACCAAUAUAUCACGGCUAAGGGCUAUAUCAAGGCACUCCACUUUGCGUCUUGCUUAAGAACAACCCUUAGCCGUGGUAUAUUGGUCAUGUACCACACCCCCUUGGGCCUUAUUGCUUAAUUAUAGCAUGGAUUAUGAUUGGAAUAAUAUGUUUUGUUUAAAGAAGUAAACACAAACGCUUGUCCAAUUUCAACCCUUUAUUGUAUCAAACCAUUUUUUUAAAAAUUACAUAUGUAAUCAUUACCAAGUCAAACAAAGUUGAACUAAAAUGCAGAUAUAGAUGGAUUUCAUGUACCGUAAUUUAUCAUUAAUAAAAAUUAAAUAAAUACACAA